AUGAGCUCAACAAUUGUUCGUGUAUGUACAUUUAAUUUGCGUCGUGAUGGUAUGGAUCGUGGUACCCCAAAUGAUUGGGUGAAAAGACGACCAAUAAUGAAAAAAUGUCUUGAAAAUAUGCAACCAACUAUAAUUGGAACUCAAGAAGGCACUACAUCACAAUUAAAUAAUAUUUUAGAUGAUCUUAAUGAAUCAUCAAAAUGUUGGUCAUGGAUAGGUAAGGAAGCUGAUGAAUUACAUGCAAUAAAUGCUAUAUUUUAUCGUCAUGAUUUACUUUCACUUAUUUCAUCUGAAACAUUUUGGUUUAAUGAACAUCGAACAACAGCAGGUCCAGCUUGGGGUGCAAAACAUUCAUGUGCUUGUACAUGGGCUCAUCUUGAAGAUGCAACAAGACAAUCAAUUAUUAUUUUUAAUGUUCAUUUAGAUUAUCCAUCACAAAAUGCACGUCAUCAUUCAAUACCUGUUCUUAUUUCAGAAAUAAAUAAAAAUUAUAAUGUUAAUCAAGUUAUUGUAACUGGAGAUUUUAAUAAUUGGCCUGAAGAUGUUGAAGGUACAACACCUAUUCAACAACUUAUUAUCUUAGGACAACAUGCAUCAGAAAUUCAACAAAUGAAACAAGCUGGUUUUAUUGAUACAUAUCAACAUGGUGAAACACCAACAUUUAAUGGUUUUCGAUCAGCUGGUUAUGGUCCAAAAAUAGAUUUUCUUUGGAUAACAUCGAAUAGUAUUUAUCGUAUUCACGGUGAAACUAAAAUUGAUGAUUAUCAUGAUCAAGAUGGAUUUUUUCCAUCAGAUCAUUUUCCUGUUUAUGCUGAUUUAGUUGUUUCUGUAUAA